AUGUGUGUGCAGUGGAGUUUGGCUGCUGCAAUUUUUUGUCUGCAUAUUUUCCUGGUCGCUGGUCAGGACUGGUGUCCGCAUGAAAACCCUUCUUUAAUAGCUUGGUCAGAUACAGGCGGCACGUGGGGAGGGGAGGUGUUCGACAGCUAUUCCAAUGUGACGGUAACGGCCGAUGUAUUGUUGGACACCGACAUCGACGUGUUCAGUAUCACAAUAGCAAGCGGGGCGUCCCUGGUCUGGAGCCCUGCAGCCGAGCCGAGGGUUAGGGUACGAUAUAUUUUGGUGUACGGAUCACUCAUCAUCGGCUCCGAGGACUGUCCAUUCACGAAUUAUACACAUAUAUCAUUCGUGGGGGCCCCCGGGGCGUACUCUAUACCAGAUUUUGAUGAAAAGUUUCUCGGUGUGGCUGCCGGAGGCACACUAGAGGUUCAUGGAGAGAACAGAAUUGGGUGGACCAAACUGGACAAUACAAUAGAAAAAUGCGAUAAAGGAGACUGUCUUUACUUUAAUCAAAGGAACGAUUUGUCAAAAACAGACAUCUCUAAGUAUCAGCCAGGCCUGAUUGUCACUGUGCUGGACGAGACCACUGGUUUACCAAUCAAAUACACCCAUAUUCGACUCGACUCGAACAAACAGAACAAGAUCACAUCUAAUGUGAACCUACUCAAGACUUUCAUGAAUGAUGUCCAAGAUGGACGAGUUGUUGCUAUGGAGGUACAAAGAUAUCUGCCCGGAACUGACAUGUCUUUAAUAGAAGCUGCUGGUCUGUUUGACUACAUAGAGACACUUGCAGAUUUAGCUGUAACGAAUCAAAUGGAUAUACGCAAUGUGGAGAAGUAUGACGCUUAUUCACUGGUGUUUGUGAAAGGCAAUAUCAACCAAAAGCAGGAAAGACUGACAAAACAAACAAGUCCAGCGACAGACCAGGCUCUCGACUCUGUCAGUGUCAUCGUAGAAAAUGGAUACUUUUUCAAGGCCCACAGUCAUGUUGAUGGUUCUGAUAUCAAAAACAGCUACGUAAAUGUGGUGUCGGCUAAUUUCAGUCUUGUGGAGUUUGUUAUUGAUCUACUGGAUGAUGUGUCACUGUGGAGGGCAGGAGAUGUUGUUGUUGUAACCUCUACUGACUUCGACUGGACACAAGCGGAAUAUGCUUACGUUAUAGAUUGUCCCAAUUGUCUUCCAAACCAAAUCAAAGUGGAAAUGAUUGCAGAAUAUACACAUUAUGGCGAAGUUUACAUGAACACAGACAUGAGGGCGGAAGUCGCUCUCCUCACCAGAAACAUUGUCUUUGAAGGAUUUGACAACGACGGCGGUAACGACAACACAUUUGGAGGUCAUCUGAAGUUCCUGAAGGACUUUGAGAAUGUACACAUCGAGGGAGCUGAAUUUUUUCAUAUGGGUCAUAAAAACUUUCCUGGUCGUUAUCCCAUAAAUUUCCACAUGUGUGAGGAUGUGGACACAGGGACCAAUCCACCAUACAUACGCUCCAAUUCAAUCCAUCAUAACUACGCUCGGUGUGUCACGAUCCGCGGUACAAAUGGGGUCAAGGUGGAGGACAAUGUCUGCUUUGAUUGUUAUGGACACGCCUACUUUCUGGAGGAUGGUGGUGAAAAGAGGACUGUGUUUGAUGGCAAUCUCGGGUUUGGUCAGCGUUCAACAUCAACCCUUGUGCAAACAGAUAUAAAUCCUGUCGCUUUCUUCAUCUCUAACCCACAGACCUACCUCCGUAACAAUGUCGCCGCUGGUGGCUGGAGGGCCGGGUUCUGGUUUGUGUUCCCCAAUGAGCCCAUUGGAGAGUCUACAGGAUUAGGUUUCAUGGCUGUAGAUGAGGCCAAACAUACAGCUAUUUAUGAGUUCUAUAAUAACGUGGCUCAUUCUUAUAACCAAGCUGGCUUGCUUAUCGACUCCAUAUUGAAACCAGAUGGAAAAACAUCGGGAAACAACAAUUAUGAACCAUGGAAUGACCCAUUUAACUCCCGAUCUGGUGCUAAGGAAGUGAAAUUAUUACGUUUCACAGGGUACAAAAACCGCUUGUGGAAUGCUUAUAUCAGUGGAGGUUAUAUCACACUGGAGGAGAGUUCGUUUUCUGAUUCAUCUCAAGGUGUUUACUUUGAAAGGGGAUCAUAUCAAUGGAAGUCGGUAGCAAGGAGCGUAUUUCUCGGAGAUAGUCUUAAUGUCGGUGAACCAUCUCCGGGGUUCAACAGAUCACGACCGAUCGAUAAUGACUUGAACUCAAAUGUCCAAGGAUUUGUCUUCAACGAGGGCCCUAUAAAACUUCGUGAGUCCUGGUUUGGUGAUUUUGGUGAUUUUGAAGACAAUACUGACUACAAGUCCAUGGGUAUUGGAUUUCAGCCUCGUGAUAAUGGUGAUAUCUCCCCCAGGAGCACAACGGAGGAAGUCCUUUUUGGAUAUGAUGACCCUUAUGGCUUGCGUGUGUUUGACGGGAAUGCUUCCACACUUGGAUAUACUGACACUGAUACAGACCUUGUGUCUGCCUUCAUUGAUAAGGAUGGAACGCUGACCACACAGUCUGGAAACUCAGUUGUCAAGCCCCUUCCCUUCCACCUCACAGACUCCUGUAUCACCAAUGACCGUUGGGGACUCAGUGUCUGUCCCUACAAUUAUGCACAGCUGAUGUUGAGCUACUCCGGGAGUGCUGUGGCCACAAUGACGAGAGAUGACGAUCCAUCCUUGUCUUAUUCUGAUGAUGGAAGCAACAAUGCCCGAUUCCUUGUCAUGAGAGGCUAUGUAACCAGUUACAUUCUUAAUUUUGAUGCUCCAAUGCCGAAGACCUUCACCAUCAAAACGGCUGCCAUAGACAAUGCUGGAGGAGUGAGGAUAGGUGUCUGUAUCCCAAGAAAUGCAAACCUGGAGCUAAAAAUCAACAAACCAAAGAAAGCGAACAAGAUAAAGAAGUGGCAAAGUGUGUCUACCCUACAGGAGGUUGAUGAUGACACAGUGGGGGCUAAAUAUUACCUUGACACAACUGUCGGCAUUGUGUUCUUCAAGCUGUUCCACAAUCAGAAUAUUGACGAGGAUCAAACAACAGACUGCCCUAAAGGAGUGUGUACUACCGCUGUUGUUAAGAUCAAGAGAGGAGAUUUAUCUGACUCUGACUGCACUGCCCGUGCCUACGCUGUGUACAACCGUACCAUUGACUUCCCUCCAGUACCCAGCUCCACUUUUGCACCCUUCCCCUUGGACCGGGUAACGCCACCAGAGGUAUGGGGAGCUGGCCCGACUAGACAUGGGAUGUUCGACAUCAUAGGUGAUGUUUUUGACUGA